UCUAAGCAGAGCCGACUCGGAAGGAAGCCCCGUCGAGGGCCACAGGACAAGGGCACCAUGCUUCGCCAUCACCUCAUAUUUCUCAUUGGAAUGAUGCAUGCCCCCAGAGAAAUGAUGGCAGUUCCUCAGUUUUCAGCGGAAGGCAGGAUUGCGUACUAUCAUUUUUGCAACCUCACAUGGGUUCCACUUGUGCCUGAAACUGUUGUCUUGCUCUCUCUCGAUUUCAAUUACAUCCAGGAAGUGAAUGCCACCUCCUUCCCAUAUCGGGAGCGACUGAAGAUUUUGUCACUUGGAACACAGUUUGCUUCUCCUGUAACCCUAAGAAGAGGAGCUUUUUGGAAUGUGCCAAAUCUUAUUCAACUGGAUUUAGCUGACAAUAAAAUGCUUGUGUUGGACCAAGGGGCUUUUGUGGGCCUGGUGAACUUACAGAACCUUCUGCUGUAUGCCAACGGCCUUGAUGAAUCGAUUCUGGAAGGCGCUUACCUUCGAGAUUUGGUCUCUCUGCAGUAUCUGGAUCUUCGCUUCAAUCUGAUCACUCGGCUUCGUCCCCACCCACUAUUUUACAACAUGAAAUUCUUGGACGUUUUGAGCUUGAAAUUAAACCCCAUCAAGACCAUCUGUGAAGGAGAUCUGGAUAGCUUUCGGGGGAAAAGGUUCACGCUGUUAGAUCUCAAUUCGAAUCACUUGUAUACAGAGCAUCCUGUGGACUGGGCAACCUGUGGGAACCCUUUGAAAAAUAUUCUCAUAGACGUGCUGGAUGUUGGUAAUAAUGGGUGGGACGUGGCUACAACCCAGCAAUUCUGUGCGGCUAUCCAAGGAACACCACUUCUGUCUUUGAAGGUCUCUUCUGGCUCAAUCGGCUUAUCAUUUGGAUUUAAUAACCUCCAGGAUCCAGACAAUUAUACAUUUGCAGGGCUUGCCAGGAGUGGCCUUCUCGAACUCAAUAUUUCACACAGCUUUAUUUUUUCUCUUAACCCAUAUGUAUUUCAGUAUCUUGCUGACUUGAAAUUUCUUGAUCUUAACUCAAAUAAUAUCAAUCAAAUUCAAAAGGAAGCAUUUUUCGGUCUUCAGAGCCUGGAACGCUUGUAUCUGUCAGACAAUCUGCUGGGCGAACUCCUUGCAUAUUCUUUCAAAGGCCUUCAUAAUCUGAUUUAUCUAGACUUGCAACAUAAUCACAUUGGGGUGAUUCAAGAGGGCACAUUCGAACACUUACCAAGGCUUCAGGAAGUGUAUCUCAGGGAUAAUGCCCUAAAAGUAAUCCGGUCACUUCCGAAUCUCAAUUAUGCUUUUUUAGGUGACAACCGGCUAAGCUCCACAGGCACUAACCGAAUCACGGCUAUAAAUGCCACAAACCUUGACUUGGAAGGAAACAGGCUAGGUAACCUGGGUGAUCUCUAUGAACUGCUCCGAAUUCCAGAUGUGCAGUUUAUCUUUUUGAGAAACAAUCAUUUCUCUUAUUGCUACAAAUACAACGACGUAGCAAACAACAGUCAGUUACGCUACUUGGAUCUUGGCGACAAUAUGUUAAGCCUUGUGUGGCAGAGAGGUUUAUGCUUAGAUGUGUUCAAGGCACUUUCCAAGCUUGAAACACUCCAUCUUGAUAAUAACUACCUUAGUUUGCUUCCAGAGGGUAUCUUUAGUGGCCUAGUAUCAUUGAAUAGGCUUAACUUGGCUUCUAACCAAUUGAAUUACAUUUCUCACAGUGCCUUCCCUCCGAGCCUGAGGAACCUUUCAUUAUCAUUCAACCAGCUGUUUCAUCCAGAUCCCCAGCUCUUUACAACUCUAGACUAUCUGAAUAUCAGCUAUAAUCAUUUUUACUGCAAUUGCCACUUAAACAACCUGAUUGUGUGGCUAAACCAAACCAACGUCACCUUAGCUGGAUCACCAGAUGAAAUGUUUUGUUUUGGACCUCCUGAACUGGCUGGCGUUUUUCUUCAUAAAUUAAAUUUUGAUGGUUGCGAUGAAGGCGAGAACUUGGAGUCUCUACAGUUGUCACUCUUCAUUUUCACCUGCGUUGUUGUUACGAUGUUCUUAGUGCUGGCGAUUGGCUUUACUCGCUUUAGGGGGACUUGUUUCGUCUGGUAUAAGACCGUAACAAGAGCAUUUAUGAACGAGCUCCAAGAGGAGCUGGAUAAAAAGACAUAUAGAUAUGAUGCCUACCUCUGCUAUAGCAGCAAGGACUUUGAGUGGGUCCAAAAUUGCUUGAUCAAGCACCUGGACUCCAAAUAUUGUGACAAGAACAGGUUUGCUCUCUGCUUUGAAGACAGAGAUUUCCUGCCAGGAGAGGACCACAUCAGCAACAUCCGUGAUGCCAUUUGGAACUGUCGGAAAACUAUUUGCGUCGUGACGAAGCAGUUUCUGAAGGACGGCUGGUGUGUGGAGGCGUUUAAUUUUGCUCAGAGUAGGUACUUUUCUGACCUGAAAGAUGUCCUCAUUAUGGUGGUCGCUGGGUCGCUUUCUCAGUACCAGCUGAUGAAAUAUCAGCCGAUCAGGGCCUUUUUGCAAAGAGGGCGGUACCUGAGGUGGCCUGAAGACCACCAAGAUGUGGAGUGGUUUCUAAACGUACUUUCUCACCAAAUACUGAAGGAGAAAGAAGUUAAGAAGAAACCCGAGACAUUGGAAUUGAAAACUGUAAGGGUGACUUAGUUGGGAAGAUGGCUGGCCGCCAUUUCAGUGGUUUAAGAGAGCCAGUUCUCCAAUGAAUGUGCCAGUCCAUUCUUA